CACAAAAUGAUGGUAGAAGGACCUCUCAAUUAACCACUCGCCCAACAAUGCGCCUCAUCUUGAACCGAUGUCUCCGACAUGUGCCAAAGGGAUACAUCUGCAAAUUUUCCAGCACAUCCACAGCAUUCAGCAAGAUUGGGAAAUCUCCCGUUAUAAUCCCGGACACGGUAAGACUCAACAAGAUAAUACUACCGAAAAGCAAGAAUCCUCGUGAAACACCAAUAAGCAGGCUCCAGGUAAAAGGCCCCCGAGGUAAACUAUACCUCCAUCUCCCGCCCUUCAUAAAGGUCACGCAAACGCCCAUCCCAUCGUCCACAUCCCGGCGCGCAACCAUCACGGUGGAGGACGCGAAAAACCGCCAGCAGCGUGAAAUGUGGGGCACUUCGCGGUCAAACUUGCAGAAACUAGUGCUCGGCGUGACGGAGGGUCACUCCGCCAUAUUGCGCCUGGUGGGGGUUGGGUACAGGGCCAUGAUCGAGAACGAGGGAAAACUGCUGCAGAUGCGAUUGGGGUAUAGUCACACUAUCAAGAUGCCCGUUCCCGAGGGUGUCGAGUGUAGUGUGCCUACACCUACUAGGAUUCUACUAGAGGGGGUAGAUAAGACUAAGGUUAACCAGUUCGCCUCGAGGAUUAGGGAGUGGAGGAUUCCUGAGCCCUAUAAGGGGAAGGGCAUCUUCAUUAAUGAGGAGACGAUAAAUAUUAAGGUCAAAAAGGUGAAGUAG